UCCCCGCCAAAUUCAAGUCGAUCAGGGAACAUUGAUACUAAACCACUUCUAUCGAGACUAUUCCGAAGAUUCCGCUACUGCACUUGCCAGCUCAUCGCGGCAAUUAACUCAAUCCGGACUCAUGGUUCAAGCUAGAAGCCACUAUGACAGGGCAAUUAUGGGACUCAAAGGCGCUCUGAAGAAUCCCAAUGUUGGUCGAGAUGACUCGGUGGUGGCGGCUCUGUUCAUCCUUGGUCUGUUCGAGGCUAUCGGUGCGCAGCCACAGAGCAGGCUUGUGGAUACCGAAGCUACUUGCCACCCGCAUUCUCGAGGCGCUCUGGCUCUUCUACAGCAUAGAUCUUCUAUCAAACAAGACAGCAACCUGGAUAGAGUAGUAUUGAGGUUCUUCAGUCACGUCGCGCUGAUGGAAUACUUCAUGAGCCCCCCAGGCUUUGCGCCCCUCUGGACCACGCUGUCUAUAUUUGAGAAAGAUUGGGCCAAGGGUCCAAUCCUUGAACCACUCAUGAGUCGGGCCGUAGAGUACAAAGCAUCGGCUGAAAGACUAAUAUCCCACCCUAGUUCUAAGCUAGGGCCGACCGUUGGAGAAAUGCUGAAACCUGGUCUCGAUAUUCUUCAUGACCUUGCGGAUGCCGCCAGAAUUGAGUCGCUUUGCUUACCAGACGUUUCAACCAAGAUGGCUUUCAACGACCUCAUGGAUACAGAAUUGAACGCGAACGCUCUCAUAGCAUCCUGUCUCUACUUGACAGUGAGAUUGCAACUUAUAGAGUUGACGCUCAGUAUGAUUAUCACCGCCGAGGAACAGUCAGAAGACGGAGACGAGCUUCACAAUCUGACUGAUCAAGGAAGCAAAAACGUGAAGCUGAUAUGUCAGAAGAUAUCCGCCAUAUUCAGAGAUGGUCAGCCUGGAGUUGGACAGCAUCAGGGAUGGCCAUUCAGAGCGUGGUGCAUGCUUUGGCCCAUGGCCGCAAUAAUGAACUCGUGUUUGGCGGAAGAGGAAACGAGAGGUUGGAUCAAGAGCAAACUUUGCCAUGUUGGGAAAUUGACGGGGUUCGGGCUGAUGACUAUCAUUGCCAGCACAUGAGGUUGAUACUGAUCGUUACCCAAGACUCUCUUAGUUUCAUGGAGCUAGCCAAGAGAGGACCUUUUGUUGAGACCCAGUUUCUCUCAUUUGGCGUUAUUGAGUGAGGAUGUACUUUAGUUCUUCUCAAUAGGUAGUCCGAACUUCCGGCCCCAAAAUGGCAGAAUAGACUGCUUCCCCA